UUGGCAUUCAUUUAUGUCAAUUAGUAAAUAUGGCGUCGCCCUUUUGCAACUACUUGUCGAGUUUGUGUUCAUAAAUGAGUUGAUUGGCGCCUGUUUUACAAAGACUGCAGUAUUAGCAAGCUAAUUGAAGAAUAUUUCAAGUUAUCUAACUAUCAAAAUGAACGUUCAAGUCCAAGAAAUACAUGUUUUGAACCCAGUUCGUCCCGACCAUACAAUCCUACAAAAUGCCCUGGUUCAGUUACAAACACCACAGGAGCAGCAAUCAAUGCAGGAGCCGAUGACGGCGACGAUAAGCGUAGAAGUACAAUCGCUUUCCAGCGGAAAAUCUAAGGUUAAAACUAAACAGGAGAAAAAGGAGAAGAAAAAAGAGGCGAUCGACGGGCAAGCUCGAGAGAUCAUUUUCAAGGUUAUAAAAUUUUUUGAAACUGAAAAGCAAAACAGAGGCUACUCGUUUCCUGUCGAAAAUGUUGUGAAACGAGCCUGCGCUGCAACAGGCUUGUCUGAAAGUACUAUAAAGCGUAUUAAAAGGGACGGCCUGAGAGCCGAAGCUACGCAGACCCGAAUUCCGGGCCCGAAGAAAAAACGAGUCAGAAAAACGAAAGUGCAGCUCGACUACUUCCAACUGUGCGCGCUCCGCGGCAUAGUUAACAGCUACUCGGUGAGAAAAGAAGUUCCAACACUUAGUAAAAUCCUAGCAGCAGCCAAACACGAGUUGAACUACAGAGGGGGCAAGGAGAGUCUAAGGUUAAUAUUGUUGAAUAAGCUUGGUAUUAAGUUUAAGAAGUGCGAGAAGAAGAAUAAGAAGCCUCCGGAGCUGCCACAGCAACAACAGCAGCCACAGCCGCAGCAGCAACAACAGCAGCAGCCUCAGCAACAGCAGAUGCCUCCGGUCCAGCACAUGAUGGCUCCCCCGCCCAUGCCUCCGAUGAAGCCUUUAGAGACGCAGUGUGUCUAUGCCAACAUGAUGCAGCAGGUGCCUCCAGUUUCGUACUAGACUUAAAUCUAAGUUGUAAUACUAGUAUGAACUGCCAGAUUUCUCAUUUCAUAAACGUAUGGCUAGAUUAGAAUAGAAGCAUUAUUUUGCUUUUUAAUGCAAGUAUCCAGUGCAUUCUUGAUUUGAUGCAUCUGAUUUUAUGAGUACACUGAUUUUUGCAGUUAUUCUGCAUAAAAACUAUAAUAUAUACCUAAGAUGUCUAGGUAGUAUAUCAUACCAUAUCACAUUUUGCUGUGUGAUGGUUUUUAUGGGCCUCACUCAUUGUUAUGUCUAAUAGUAUACUCAAGUUAAGCAUAACGUUAUUUGCAUACUGAGAUUACUGAGCAAGUGAGCAGAACAACAAACAGUUAUAGUGAUAUACAUAACUUGUACACAGCAGAUUGUGUCAGUGUGUGAAUUGCCUAAGUGGAUACUUGAACAGAAAAUCUUACUUUACAGUAGUGUGUGAUAAAAUGGUCUGAUUUUUAAUCAAACA